GCUCACGCGUCUCUUCAGUCAGACACCAGGAAGUGAGGCGAGCAGGAGUGAGACAGAAUCAAGAGUCAGGGAAACAGUUUAAAGAUUCAAAUCAAACUAAUCCAGGUGAACAUGGCUGCUGAGGUCUUCUCCUACGAGAGUCUGGUUCACGCUAUAUCCGGAGCUGUGGGAAGCGUGACUGCGAUGACAGUAUUCUUCCCCCUUGACACUGCCAGACUACGGCUGCAAGUGGAUGAAAACAGAAAGGCCAGAUCCACUCCAGCCAUUCUGGCAGAAAUUGUCAAAGAAGAAGGACUUCUGGCUCCUUACAGAGGCUGGUUCCCCGUCAUCUGCAGCCUGUGCUGCUCCAACUUUGUCUACUUCUACUGCUUCCACAGCCUGAAGGCGAGAUGGCUGAAGGGAAAACCGUCAGCACCCAGUACUGACUUAAUCGUUGGCAUCACUGCAGGUAUUGUAAAUGUUCUCGUCACCACACCCCUGUGGGUGGUCAACACCAGACUGAAGCUUCAGGGUUCCAAGUUUCGCAAUGCAGACAUCCGGACCACCAACUACUCCGGCAUUCUGGAUGCGUUUGUGCAGAUUGUCCGCCAGGAGGGCGUGGGAGCUUUGUGGAACGGGACCUUCCCAUCCCUGCUGCUGGUGCUGAACCCUGCCAUCCAGUUCAUGAUUUAUGAAGGGCUGAAGAGGCAUCUGAAGAAAGGAGUUCCCAGGGAGCCUCAUUUGUGGAUAAACACAUUAGCUGAGGAGAAUCGGGUGAACACGCUGUCGUCCAUUGAAGUCUUCCUCAUCGGCGCUGUGGCCAAAGCUGUGGCCACCACUGCUACAUACCCACUGCAGACUAUACAGUCCAUCCUCAGGUUUGGACAAUACAGCAGGUCAACAGACGAGUCAAAAAUCCUGUCCAGUCUAAGGUCUAUCAAGUGUCUACUGGUCAAUAGAGUCAGGAAGUACGGCAUGUUGGGUCUGUUUAAAGGCCUGGAGGCCAAGCUGCUGCAGACGGUGCUGACCGCUGCCCUCAUGUUCCUUCUGUAUGAGAAGAUCACCAGCUACACCUUCAGCGCCAUGGGACUGAGCCACAACAACUACAAGAGACGCUAGCGAGACGCUUCACAGCCGCUAACAGUCACCUGCGUUAGAUCAUUGUAUAAAUGUAUGAAUCACUACUUAUAGACCCCAUGAUGGUGAGGUCGAGGAAAUCUGUCACAUGACACUGGAAAAACUACGGUUAUUAUCAUAGUCAUGAUCAGAUGAGAAGUGCUGCCCACCGUGUAGAUGGGGCUUCACACACAGUUUGUUAAAUGUGUGUACAGGAAGGUGAAGGGCUGCUUCAAUGCUCCAGUAUUUUUAUGUAUUUUCCUGGGACCUGGAUCUUUUCUCAAAUACAUCUGCUCAAGUUUUACUAAAUCUGUCAAAUGCUCAGUUGGAGUUUGGGUCCUGCUGAACUGGCCUGUGGUCGUUUAUGGACGAAUUCAUUUCCACUGUCACUGAAUGUAACAUGAGAACCUACAGCCUUGUCUGUGUGCAUGUGGGUCAGAGGUUUUACCACCACAAGUUUUUAUUUUUGAGUUGUUUUUAUUCCUGUCAGUUCAGAUUGUGAGUGUGUGUGUGAACUCAGACACAAUCAUGUCACUUGUUUUGAACCUAUGUAAAGACUGUGGAUCAUUGUUAGAAGAGCUACAGUAUAUACUUUACAUCAGAUGUGUUAUUCUUGUAUCCCUACAUCAAAAUACAGCAUCAGUCUCCUCCCUCGUGUUUAUUGUGUGUGUGUUUGUUUAUAAAAUAAAUAAAUAGUUGCGACCACUUCUUCAAACGUAAAAAAACCAAACGCAACAUGCCUCCAUACUGCUCAUGUGGUGUCAUCCAUGUGUCCGUAAGCCAGUACAUAUUCAUAUUUGACCUGAAACGGCGUCAUUCACACCAUGAUUUUAGCCUAAAUGUCUGAUAUCCUCUUCUUAUAGUUACUGCUGCAGUUCUAGUGAGAAGAGACAAGGAGCAGUAGAGGACAUCCAAGCACAUUUAGGGUGUAAAUGACACCGUUUCGAGUCAAAUUUGCUUAGUCGAGCAGUAUGGAGGCAUUUUAUAUUUUUCCCCCCUGUUUUGUACGUUUGAAGAAGUGGUCACCAUUUACUUCAAUAGUAUUGAAUUUCUACUGCGACGCUGUUUACCCCCUGAAACUCCAAAAGUGUUUUGUGGACUCAAACACUUCCUCACCCUGGCCCCUAUCUGCAUAGUGGUAGAGUAGAUAAUCAAUGAAUUUCCAUUUUUUUUGGAGUGAACCAUCCUUUGAAGUCUUUAAAGUCAUUAAAGCCUCAUGAAUUGAA